UUAAUCUACAAACGUUUAGGCCCAACACUUCCACCACCUCAACAAUUAAAAAAACAAUAAUUAAUUUUAUAUUCAACUUUCACAUUUCAGAUUAUCGACGCCACUGAUUUGCCGGAGAAGACAGAUGGCGAGAUCGUGCUCAAUAUGGACACCUGUUUUGAUCUCACUUUCUCCGAUGACCGGAGAAUCAGCUAAAGUUUCCCGGCGACGGGUGAUUUUAGCCACAAGUGUAGGUUCUCCUCAGCCUUUACUUGAAGCAAACAUUAAGGAACCGCAGAAGCUUCAAGUUCUUGAUUCCAAAGAUGUUUCGAGGAGAAACACGUUGAUGUAUCUAACGGCUGGAGUUCUUGGUGGGGUUAACUUGCUCCAUGGUGAAGCAGCAGAAGCUCGAGUAGGGAGAAAGGAGAACAGGAGAAAAGCUCUAGAGAAGCUGAGAGGGAAAGCGAAAGAGUCUGAGCCCAAGUCAGGAGAUGAGAAGAAGAAAGAGUUAGACACUGAAAUAUUUCCUCUUCUUCCUCCACCCCUCCAACCACAAGCCCUUGGACCUCUUGUUGAAGCAAACUUGUUGCCAUAAAAGCUUUCUCUUGUUACUUUACACAAUGUGAGAAUCAACAUAAUGUUCUGUCAUUCUGUGUUAGGUCUUCUAUUACAAAUCAAAAAGUGAAGAAAUAUGUAACCAAGAAAGACUUGAAAAUCCGAAUGUUCUCUAAAUGCCGCGUAUAAUAACUAUCGGGGCAAAUCAUGGAUU